UGCCGUGGGCCUCCCACGUGGCUGGUGUUUGUCUUUGUAAAAGGGCAGGACGUUGGGAAGGGGAGAGGGGACAGAAGUGACUCCACGGCCGCCUGGGUGAGGGCUUAGCAGACGGGUUAAUGGUGAAGAUCAGAGCCUGUCGCGGCGAAAGAGAUUCAGGGCAGGGGCGCCUCUGCCCCCACGUGCGGAGCCGCCUCCCGGAGGAGCCCCAUGGACGAGAAGCCAUCCGCCAGGAGAGGCCCGGACUUCUGCUCCUUGCGCUACGGGCUGGCCGUGGUCAUGCACCUCUCCAACCUCAGCAUGAUCACCCAGCGCGUCAGCCUCAGCAUCGCCAUCAUCGCCAUGGUCAACAGCACCCAGCAGCCCGCCCCGGCCAACGCCUCCGCGGACGGCCAUCUCGCCGGCCCCCUCCAGGACCCCAGCGGGCCCAGCGGGGAAUUCCACGCAGGGACCUCCGUCUACGCGUGGAGCCCUGAGACCCAGGGCAUCCUCUUCAGCUCCAUCAGCUACGGGAUUUUGCUGACUCUGAUCCCCAGCGGAUACCUGGCGGGGAUAUUUGGUGCCAAGCACAUGCUGGGGGCGGGGCUGCUGGCCUCCUCCCUGCUCAGCCUCUGCACGCCGCUGGCCGCUGACCUGGGUGUGAGCUUGGUGAUGGUGAUUCGCGUCGCCCAGGGCAUGGCCCAGGGAAUGGCAUGGACAGGUCAGUUCACCAUCUGGGCGAAGUGGGCGCCCCCGCUGGAGCGCAGCAAGCUCACCAGCAUCGCGGGCUCCGGGGCCGCACUGGGGUCCUCCCUCAUCCUCUGUGUCGGGGGGCUCAUCUCGCAGGCCCUGGGCUGGCCCUUCGUCUUCUACAUCUUCGGUGGCCUGGGCUGCGUGUGCUGUCUGCUGUGGUUCACCGUCAUUUACGACGACCCCACGCGUCACCCGUGCAUAAGCCUCCGCGAGCAGGAGCACAUUGUGUCCUCGCUGGCUCAGCAGCCCACGUCCCCUCGACGCUCCGUCCCCCUCAAGGCCAUGGCCCGCUGCCUGCCCCUGUGGGCCAUCUUCUCGGGGUUCUUCAGCCACUUCUGGCUCUGCACCGUCAUCGUCACGUACCUGCCCACCUACAUCAGCUCCGUGCUGCACGUCAGCAUCAGGGAGAGCGGGGUCCUGUCCUCCCUGCCCUUCCUGGCUGCCUCCACGUGCACGGUCCUGGGGGGCCAGCUGGCCGACUUCCUUCUGUCCAGGGACCUCCUGGGGCUCCUCACCGUCCGGAAGCUCUUCUCGGCCCUGGGCCUCCUGCUCCCGUCGCUCUGCGCCGUGGCCCUGCCCUUCGUGGCUUCCAGUUACGUGACCACCGUGGUUUUGCUGAUCCUCAUUCCUGGGACCAGCAACCUGUGCGACUCGGGGUUCAUCAUCAACACCUUGGACAUCGCCCCCAGGUACGCCAGCUUCCUCAUGGGCGUCUCCCGGGGAUUCGGGCUCCUCGCGGGCAUCAUCUCCUCCACGGCCACCGGGUUCCUCAUCAGCCAGGACUCCGAGUCCGGGUGGAGGCACGUCUUCUUCCUGGCUGCCGCCGUCAACCUGUUCGGCCUGGUGUUCUACCUCACGUUCGGGCGGGCGGAGCUCCAGGACUGGGCCAAAGAGAGGGCCCUCACGCGCCUCUGAGGGCCCCAGCGCAGACGUCGAUGUGGGACGCGGACCGCCCGCUUCCCAGCGUUUUCUUACUCGUCUUCACUCUUCACGUUCUUCGCUUCGCGGCCGGCUCCGCAGGUCACACCUCCGAGUGUGAGUCAGAUUUCCUGGGGAGCCUCUGGAACAUGCGGAUGUGCGGGCGCCGCUCCGAGAGCCCGAACACAUGGGUCUGGGGAGCGCCCCGACAUCAGUGAGUCUUAGACACCCCCCGGGGCUCUCACCCAGCCAGGCCAGCAACAGCUGGACACGCUUGAGACGCCAAUUCCCCUGCCUUUGUUUUCUGUUUUGUUUUGUUUUGAAUGUAUUUUUAUUGGUUUCAGAGAGGAAGGGAGAGGGA